AUGACACUGGGGGACCGGUGGUCCCUCUGCAGGAUGCCACCCCUGGACGCUAACCAGCAUGCUUGGAGCUACCUUGGUGUGCUAGACUCCACUGCUCAGUAUAGACAUUUUCCCGAUGGGCUGGAGUUUGGGGGCGGGGGUUUAGACAACUUUCCCAGAGCUGGACAGAGGCUGUCCCUGGUUGCCAUUAGCCGGCCCCGUUCUCAUCACUCCCUCCACGCUGGUGUGCGGUGGUAUCGUGCUGCGCUGCCUUCCGUGAGUGAUGGGUCUCUGGCCGGCCUGGCGGUGCACGCUCGCAGGGCGCUGGCUGGCUGUAACUCACAUGUCUCCUGUGGAUCGUUCUUUUCCAGGUCUAUCACCAGAGCUUACUACAGGAACUCGGUUGGAGGACUCCUCCUCUUUGACAUUACAAACCGCAGGUCCUUCCAGAACGUCCACGAGUGGCUAGAAGAGACAAAGGUGCACGUCCAGCCGUAUCAGAUCGUCUUUGUUUUGGUAGGUCACAAGUGCGACCUUGACACACAGCGGCAAGUCACCAGGCACGAGGCUGAGAAACUGGCUGCUGCAUAUGGUAUGAAGUACAUUGAGACCUCAGCUCGGGAUGCCAUUAAUGUGGAGAAGGCCUUCACUGAUCUGACUCGAGAUAUAUAUGAGCUUGUUAAAAGGGGGGACAUUUCAAUCCAGGAGGGAUGGGAAGGGGUAAAGAGUGGGUUUGUCCCAAACGUAGUGCACUCUUCGGAAGAAGUGGUGAAAUCAGAUAGGCGAUGCUUGUGCUGAUCUCUUCUAGUGAGAAAAGUGGUGAUGAACUCUACUAACCACCUGUACUCUAUUAAGUGAACUCAGUGUGACAGAAGGGAGAGUAACCCUCCCAUUGUGAACAGCCUCCCACGUUGUUUCGGACACCAAGAGAACAGAUCCAGGAAAGACAUGUUCUGUUCUAAAUAACCUUUCAGAAUUGGGAGUGACAAACCUAACUGAGAAUGAGUGAGGGUGCAUGUGUAUGUUGUCAGGAGAUAGGAAGCAGAAAGGAGGGGGAGCAACAGAGAGAGCAUGAACACAAGGAGAUCUGAAUGAGAUGGCGCAUGCCAGGGAACUGUAUGUCCUCUUUUAAGUAAAGCUGUAGCUCCAUGCUGUCUCUUGAGGCCACAGUAUGGAUCGUUUAAUAGUAUGACACACUGGCAGAAAGAGAAAGAAAGAGAACAUCUUGGUUUGUGGCAGCUGUUUAUUACCAGGAAGAUAUAACAGCAGCA